UUCCGCGGGCCUGCAGAGCCUGGCUGACUCAGAUUUUCUCUCCGGAGCGGGAUGCGGCCUUACCGCGACCUCGCACUUCUCACCGGCUUCCCGUGUUCCCCGGGGCGGGGCUUGUAUGUUUUUACUUCCGGAUCCCACAGCUAUGACACCGGAAGCCGGAAGCGGGGAUUUCGACGGCGGAGAAGGAAAGGGCGACCGCGGAACUGGAACUUUCUCGGAGCGCCGGGGCCCUACCUGCGUUCACAGUCCGCCGCUCCCACCCUUCUCACGUUUGACGGACUCUGCUGACAGCCCCUGCCCUGUUGGAUGAGCAGGCACCUCUGGAAGAGCCAACUGUGUGAGAUGGUGCAGCCCAGUGGUGGCCCGGCAGCAGAUCAGGACGUGCUGGGUGAAGAGUCUCCUCUGGGGAAGCCAGCCAUGCUGCACCUGCCUUCAGAGCAGGGCGCUCCUGAGACUCUCCAGCGCUGCCUGGAGGAGAAUCAAGAGCUCCGAGAUGCCAUCCGGCAGAGCAACCAGAUGCUGCGAGAGCGCUGCGAGGAGCUUCUGCAUUUCCAAGCCAGCCAGAGGGAGGAGAAGGAGUUCCUCAUGUGUAAAUUCCAAGAGGCCAGGAAACUGGUGGAGAGACUCAGCCUGGAGAAGCUCGACCUGAAGAGGCAGAAAGAGCAGGCUCUGCGGGAGGUAGAGCAUCUGAAGAGAUGCCAGCAGUCUCAGAGAGGCUGAGAGAGAUCCCCUGCUGGGGCUGCAGCCGCAAGGCCACCGGGUUCAGCCCUCAAGGCCUGCUUGCCGGGGCAGUGACUAAGCCGUUGACAACCUCAAGGCAGCUUUGUGCUCCUUCGUCUCUUUGGGGAUCUCUUUUGGCCCCAUCUGUGUGUCUCACCCUGUGGCGGAGGGUUAAGCAGAUGGCUGAGGACAAGGCCUCUGUGAAAGCCCAGGUGACAUCCUUGCUCGGGGAGCUGCAGGAGAGCCAGAGUCGCUUGGAGGCUGCCACUAAGGAAUGCCAGACUCUGGAGGGUCGGGCCCGGGCGGCCAGCGAGCAGGCGCGGCAGCUGGAGAGUGAGCGUGAGGCACUGCAGCAGCAGCACAGCGUGCAGGUGGACCAGCUGCGCAUGCAGGGCCAGAGCGUGGAGGCCGCACUCCGCAUGGAGCGCCAGGCUGCCUCGGAGGAGAAGCGGAAGCUGGCCCAGUUGCAGGUGGCCUAUCACCAGCUCUUCCAAGAAUACGACAACCACAUCAAGAGCAGCCUGGUGGGCAGCGAGCGGAAGCGAGGAAUGCAGCUGGAAGAUCUCAAGCAGCAGCUCCAGCAGGCCGAGGAGGCCCUGGUGGCCAAACAGGAGGUGAUCGAUAAGCUGAAGGAGGAGGCCGAGCAGCACAAGAUUGUGAUGGAGACCGUUCCGGUGCUGAAGGCCCAGGCGGACAUCUACAAGGCGGACUUCCAGGCUGAGAGGCAGGCUCGGGAGAAGCUGGCCGAGAAGAAGGAGCUCUUGCAGGAGCAGCUGGAGCAGCUGCAGAGGGAGUACAGCAAACUGAAGGCCAGCUGUCAGGAGUCGGCCAGGAUCGAGGACAUGAGGAAGCGGCAUGUUGAGGUCUCCCAGGCCCCCUUGCCCCCCGCCCCCGCCUACCUCUCCUCUCCCCUGGCCCUGCCCAGCCAGAGGAGGAGCCCCCCUGAGGAGCCACCUGACUUCUGCUGUCCCAAGUGCCAGUAUCAGGCCCCUGAUAUGGACACCCUGCAGAUACAUGUCAUGGAGUGCAUUGAGUAGGGCCGGCCAGUGCAAGGCCACUAGCUGCCGAGGACAUGCCCGGGACCGUGCAGUCUGCGCUUUCCUCUCCCACCUGCCUAGCCCAGGAUGAAGGGCUGGGUGACCACAACUGGGAUGCCACCUGGACCCCCACCCAGGAGCUGACCGCGGCGCCUUACGCUUCAGCUCUUGGUCCACUGGUCGCCUCUUUUAGGGUAGAUGCGGCCCUGAUCAGGCCUGACUCGCUGCUCUUUUUGUUCCCUUCUGUCUGCUUGAACCACUUGCCUCGGGCUAAUCCCUCCCUCUUCCUCCACCCCGCACUGGGGAAGUCAAGAAUGGGGGCCUGGGGCUCUCAGGGAGAACUGCUUCCCCUGGCAGAGCUGGGUGGCAGGUCUUCCUCCCAACGGACACCGACCCACCCACCGCUGUGCCCUGGGAGUGCUGCCCUCGUACCGUGCACACGGGUGCUCUCCUUUUGGGCUGCAUGCUAUUCCAUUUUGCAGCCAGACCGAUGUGUAUUUAACCAGUCACUAUUGAUGGACAUUUGGGUGGUUUCCAAUGUUUUUGUUACCAUAAAUAAUGGCGUAGUAAAAAUCCUUGUGCAUUA